AUGUCGAAUCAACCAGAGAGGCCAUGGACUGAGGAGGAGAAGGUAGGAUUGCCAAUUCUCGCCCCUCUGCCGUCGCAAUCACCGGUGCUUUCUGCUGACGGAGGUCGCUCCCUCAACUCCUGCCAAAUAGCGUUCUGUAACAUGCUGCAACAUGUCCAAAUUUCCGUCACUCACAGCCUCGGAUCGAUUCCUCCGCAACCCCAUGAACCUUCCGUACCAGCAACCGUCCCUCUAGAAAGCAGUAGCGUCUUGCGCAAGAGGCCCUUGAUUCCUUCUGACAGAACAAUCCGUGCCCCGCGUGCGAUACAACCACGCCCUGCGACAAGCACCGCUUCCUACAGUAGCGAAAGUGGAGCUUCGGCCCUCUUGUCUCCAAGUUCAGAGAGCGUCACUGCCAGAGGAGAGCCUCCACGGAAGCGUGGACGGCCUAGUAAGGCGGAAUCGGAACGGCGCAAAGCAGCUGCUGAGGCUCGUGGAGAAACGUAUCCACCCCCACGGCGGUCUGGAUCCCACAAGCUGAAAGUUUCGUCUACGCCCACUAGUCCCUCCGGAGUCGCGCCAGGGUUGCCGUCAUUUUCGCCCCAGGCGAGCAGUAGUCGGCCACAGGAUUUACCACGACAUGAAAUGCACUACGUUCCUCCGCCAGGGAGGCCAAUUCCACUGAUGGGACCGAGUAGCGACGAGCGACCGAGGGAUAUGCCGAAUCAAGACAUGAGCUCUUCGAUGCGAGAGCUACCACGUCCGGAGAUAAGACAGACUUUGCCAUCACCCGGAACCCUACAGUUAGGUCAUAGAGAAACACCACUUAUACGAAGGGAACCGGGGGUGUCUUUUGAGCCUCUCCCACCAGACAGACAUCCUUUCUCCCAAAGCAACCGGAGGAGUCUCAUUCAUCCUACUAGCAGAUAUCCAGAUGAACCGCCCACACCAGCCUCUGAUUUACCUAUAGCCAGACCACCAGACCACAGGCCGGAAUGA